CCGUCACCAUGGCCGCGACAAAUACGUGCCGGCAGUCUUCUCCGGCGCGGCCUCCAAGACAGUCGCGGCGGUGUGUGAUUCAUCUCUCGUGCUCGCUUCUCGUUGUGCAGCCAUCGCGAAUGGCGGUCAGGUCCCCGAGCCGGGAGCUCACGCUGAGCACCGGGCAAAGCACAUCGAUCAAGCUUUUUCUCCCGCCUAGAGACUAGCCCGAGACACAAGCCGCGCGCGCGGGAAACUCUGCCGAGGCACGGCCUCACCCGGGCAUUCGCACAAAAUAGGCCCCCAGGCGUGACGUGACGGCAAGCGCAAAGGAGGAAACACCGGCGCACGGCAGAAGGGGACGAGAGAGAGCCGAGGUCGUGACGAUGAGUACUGGAUGCACGACAUUUCGGGGUUUGGGCGGUGAAGGCCCCCUUCGGCCAGGGCGCGUGUGCGUGGUGUGUGUCUGCUAUGUGGCCAUCAACACAGGCAGCAGGCGGCGGGUGAUUGUGGUGGGAUGCUCCCAAAGUGCCUGCAUCGGGUGACACGAGGGGGACAGCGGCGCCCCCAAAAACGGCUGCAGCUGUCGACGGUGCGAGAGAGGCCGGGAAUACGAGGUCUUGGCAAUAUCCAAUGCGAUCGCCCGCUAGACGUCACAAGGCACCGCCCGCAGAUUUUUUUUCCCCCAUGCAUGCUCCGUUUGCGGUUGUCGAUCGCCUUCUAGUGGAAAAUCCCUCUCAGGUCUGGUUGGUGCCUCUCAAAGCCGUCAACCACAUUAUCAAGCCCCUCCUCGUAAUCCCCACGCACGCAAACGGUUUUAGCAGCAAUGUCUCGGGAACACGAGAUGUGAUGCUCAGCUCCGGCCGCCCACCUCAGCAAAACGACGCACACGACGUUGCAUCCAUCCGCUUCCAGCCAAAGAGCCGGUUGGCUGAGCUGGCCGAGUUGGUGUUCCUUUUUGCGCUUCGACCCGUUGCGGCAAAGCUGAGGUGA